AAUAAUGAGUAAGAAGAAAGAACAAGCCCUUCAAAACCGAACCCUGCAGAAUGGCAGAUAAAGCGGCAUCUUAACUCUUACGUUUAUAAGUACCAAACCUCUGUGUCUUGUUCUUUGCAAUGCACACAUCCAAUAAGCCUGCAAAACACUGCAUCUACUCUUCACCCUCUAUGGCCUCUUGAAAGAACCAGAGAGAUCUUUUGAGUUUGGAUUGUUCAGGAAAAUGGGUUCUUUGAUUAUAAGGCUUGUGGGUCUGUUCUACUUGGUGGUGAGUUUGUUGAGCUUCAUUGGAGUGAAUGCUAUGCAUGGAAGGGAAAGUAGUGGAUAUGAAGCAGUGAAAGGGAUAAUUUUGAUACAUGGGAAAUCUCACAUUGGAAGGAUUGAUGAUGAUUUUGUCUGUGCAACUCUUGAUUGGUGGCCUCCUCAGAAAUGUGACUAUGGAACAUGUAGCUGGGGUCAUGCUUCUCUUCUCAACCUGGACCUCAACAACAAAAUAUUGUUAAAUGCAGUAAAAGCAUUUUCACCAUUGAAGAUUAGGUUAGGUGGCACCUUGCAAGAUAAGGUCAUAUAUGGGACUGAAGAUAGUCCAAAACCAUGUACUCCUUUUGUUAACAGCUCCUCUGAGAUAUUUGGAUUCACUGAAGGAUGCUUACCAAUGCAUAGAUGGGAUGAGCUAAACAGCUUUUUCCAAAAAGCAGGGGCUAAGGUUAUCUUUGGAUUGAAUGCUCUUGCUGGAAGAACAUUACAAUCUGGUUCUGCAGUUGGACCAUGGAACUCUUCCAAUGCCGAAUCUUUUAUCCGUUACACUGUAAGAAAGAAUUACAGCAUUGCUGGUUGGGAAUUUGGCAAUGAAUUGUGCGGGAGUGGAGUUGGAACAAGUGUUUCUGCAGAUCAAUAUGCUUCUGAUAUUGCUGCAUUAAGAAACAUAAUUCAUGAUGUAUAUAGAGGGAUCAGGCAUAAGCCACUGAUCAUUGCUCCCGGUGGCUUCUAUGAUGCAAACUGGUUCCAGGAAUUUGUAAACAAAUCUGGUAAAUCUGUUGAUGUGGUAUCUCACCACAUAUAUAACCUUGGAGCAGGAGUUGAUGAGCACCUAAUUGAAAGAAUUCUUGAUCCAUCCUAUCUUGAUGGAGUGGCUAGCAUAUUCAGUGGCCUCAAAAACAUACUUCAAAAUUCAGCAACCAAAGCAAAAGCAUGGGUUGGUGAGGCAGGAGGGGCUUACAACAGUGGCCACCAUCUUGUGUCUGAUGCAUUUGUCUACAGCUUCUGGUAUUUGGAUCAGCUUGGAAUGUCAGCUGUUUAUGACACCAGAACAUACUGCAGACAGAGUUUGGUUGGAGGAAACUAUGGUUUACUAAACACUUCUACUUUUGUGCCAAAUCCAGAUUAUUAUAGUGCUCUUCUUUGGCACAGACUUAUGGGAGUACGUGUCCUUGCAACUUCCUUCUAUGGGACAAAGAAGAUAAGAGCUUAUGCACACUGUGCAAAGCAAUCUAAAGGAAUCACAAUACUAUUGCUGAAUCUGGACAACAGCACCAGUGUUCAUGCAAAAGUGGACUUCACAUACUCAAGGACAGGUGCAACUGCCAGAGAAGAAUACCAUUUAACUGCACAGGAUAGGGACUUACAUAGCCAAACCACAUUACUAAAUGGAAAAGUUCUAACUGUCUCAGCAGCAGGGGAUAUUCCUCCUUUGAAUCCUCUAUAUGUAAAUCCAUCAAUGCCAAUCAUAGUUGGUCCUCUCUCUGUAGUAUUUGCACAUAUACCAGAUGUUGAUAUCCCAGCAUGUUCUUAGAUCAUUGGCUCUAUGUGAAACCAAGAAUUGGUUUUACAUGGUGGGUUGAAAAAAAUAAAAUACAUGGAAAUAUAGAUAUUAAGUAUUCAAUUUCUUGAUUAUAUACUACUUGGCCAUUCUUUUUGGGGUCAAACACUGGGAUUUUUUUAUGGCUUUGUCUGUAUCCCAAUGCUUUAUUGUGACAGUAUCUAAAGUUUAUAAAUUGA